AUGGUACAACCAUUUCCUUCUGAUCUUGUUUUCACUGUGAGAACAAAGGAGCCGGAGCUCAUAUCACCGGCGAAGUCUACUCCUCAUGAAGUAAAGCUUCUUCCAAACAGAGAUAACCAAGAUGCCUUGUGUAUCCAAAUUCCAUUCAUACACUUGCAUCAUCCUAAGCCUUCCAUUGCAGGGAAAGAUCCUGUCACAGUCAUUAAAGAAGCAUUGGCUCAAACACUUGUAUUUUACUAUCCAUUCGCAGGAAGACUCAAGGAAGGUGAAGGUCGGAAACUUAUGGUGGAAUGUAAUAGAGAAGGUGUCAUUUUCAUUGAGGCUGAUGCUAACAUCACGCUUCAAGAGUUUGGUGAUGAUCUUCACCCUCCAUUUCCAUACUUCCAAGACCUUCUUUACUCUCCUCCUGGUUUAGACAAAAUCCUUCAUUGUCCCAUCUUACUUAUUCUGGUUUCAUACAUUCUACUUUCUAACUAG